GCCUACUGCAUACUGAAAGAUUCAGAAUGUACUUGGCAAUUCGGAUACGGCCACAGUUUCUUUAUAUUCUGUCUUUUUUCGUUUACCGCCGUACCGUUGUCAUCAUGCGGGGGGCGGGGCCGGCAUCUUUUGGGAAAAGUACCCGGAUGGGUCGCUCUCAUUAUUCGGAUUCAUCCUUGGUCUUUAUAAAGGACGCGCUGAAUAGCGGCUGUGAAGUUGACAGGCUACGUGCUUGUUUAUAGCAGUCUCAUUCACUGGAAUUUUCUGGAUUUUGUAGUCUUUGGAGGUCCCAUCAGCUUUUGUUUGUGGGCCAGAGAAAAUCAUGAUCCUCCUCAGUUCAUCCUCCGAUGAAGAGUCUCUUGAACUCGCCUGGCUUUGGAAUCACAGGAAGUUCAGGGUGAAAAAACACUUUAAGGGUUGCUAUACUGCAACAUUUAAAAACAAACAUUUAAAUUUUGCAGGUCUCUUUUCUGUGCAUUCUGUCUUGGACAGUACUAUGACUUGAGAGAAAGUAAUGAACUCCGAGGAGAGGAGGCAGACAGAACAAAACAAACAAAUACGCCUUUGUUUGGCUUCGUUAAAAAAACAUCACAGCUUGGUCAGGACAGACACCAAACAUAUCAAAUGACUAAUUGCAAUUCGAGCAAACAUAUGGCUCAGCAAAGCCAUCCCUAUUGGCAUUAACCGCCUAUGUUUUUGGUGUUUGUAUAUAAAAUGUGUAUUGUAAAAAAAAGAAAAAAAGAGACAGAUGAAUUAAACGGCAAAAUCUCCAUUAAAGUCGGGGCUACAGUGGUAUUUAUAGAUGUGCUAUGCUAACAGGCUAAUUGAUCUCACGUCUGGUAUGUGUCAAUGCACUAGGUCCAACUCACUCUCACUUUAGCCAGUGGUGUUAGUCCCCUAUGUUCAUAGCUGCCCCCUCCCCCCCCACAUCAGUGUUUAUUUCCCCCCCUGGCGAGAUCACACCGCUAACAGUUCACAAUGUAUCCUUUUACACUGUAUCUAUUUUUGACAUGUUUCUUUUGGCAAAUAUUUGAUCAUUAUAUAAAUAUAAUUGUAAUGCAUGCUAUUGUGGCCAUUUUUUCACAACAGUUAAAAUAUGUAUAAUGUGUUUGUUGUGUAGACAGACAUAAAUUAAUGCUACAAAGUAAAGUAAUCUAUAUUUUUUUUUUGCAUGCUGAACGCUGCAAACCUUUGUUUGAAUUAUGAAUGUACAGUAUCAAAAAUGCAUUUUAGUGAUCUGAAACUGGAUGAAUGUAUCAUAAGCUCGGCCUUGGUCCCAUACGUCUUGGUAAGUGAUUCUUCUUUACAUAAGACGGGGGAACCAAUUAGAAAUGUUUUGUUUUUUUCAUUAAAUAGGAUAAAACAGUAGAAACAAACAUUAUGAUAUGCUACAUUAUUCUACUGUAUGGAUUCCAUCUACAUUGCAGUAAAAUAUUAUUCAGUCAUGACUGAUAAGAAUUAAGACCAAUUGCAUAUUUUUCUCUCACGCAAAAUGUGGUUUGAUCCAAACUGGGAUUAAAAUCAGUAAACUAUUCCUAUUCACAAAAAUGUAUCAAACGGCCAACAGGUAAAGUCACCAAAACAUUGUAGGUUUUUAGCCUUUAGCUUCUUAAACCACAGCGUGGGAUGCUUACCUAACCAACAUAUGUACUCCUGCUGUUGUUUGGUCUCAGGUCUCUUCCACUGCACAGGCAAGCUUUUUCUGAGUGAUCAAUCCACAGGACUCCAGAUCAAGGAGUUUGCACGUAAAAAUGCAGCCAAUGCUUUGUCAAUCGCCAACAUGGUCAUGGGCAUGGCCUCAAUUCUCAGCAGUCUCAACGGGCACCACCAUGCUGCAUGUUGGCUUGUCCUGAUUGGCUACCUGCUGGACUUGGCCGAUGGAGCAGUUGCCAGGCGACUUGGUGCCUGCUCUGCACUGGGUGCAAAGCUUGAUGAUUUUGCUGACUUUACGACCUUCGGAAUUGCCACGUCAUUGCUCCUGAGGACAUCCGACCUGCUCGACAACAUCCUGUGCGUGUGCUAUGUCCUGUCCGUGUUUGUCCGCCUCUGUUUCUUCUCAAGUGGAAUACCAUUCAUGUACCGCGGCCUGCCCUGCAUCUACUCCUCAGCCAUCUUGUCCAGUGCCUCUCUGCUGUCAGGGGGAAACCUGGUCUUACUGCGGGUCAUCGCAGUGGCCAUGAUUCCCUUUAUGAUCAGUCAGAACUUUUAUCCCCAUGACAGAGUGCUGGAGUCCCAGGCCUGGAAGAAAGUAGUCUACGCUGGAGGUGUCAUCAUGGUGUUCUGCUCUUCCUUCCCCCCUGCGUGUGUGUACUACCUGCUGUGGUCUGUCUCUUACAUCUUGUUCCCGACAUCCAUUUGGAACAGAAAAGUGUAGAAAGGGGGUGUGAGCUUUGUCUGAAACACCCUGAAAAGGUUAACUCUUGGGCCCAUCGUGGGUAAAUGGAGGCUUCAGACGGUAGCUGCUCUCUUCUGCUUUGGAGGAUCCAAGCUAAAACACUGGUGAACAUUUGCUCCCAGAAACCCAGACAGAAGAGUGAGGAUUGAGAGGAGCAUUUUAAUGUUGCUGUUUAGGAUUGUCCUCCAUACAAGUCUGUUUUGCAUUUUCACUGAAUCAAGGGCUUGGAUGGCUUGUUCUAAACACUGAAUUUUCAUCAAAUCUCCUUUCUUAAAUAUUAAUCCAAUCUUAAAACAAUAUCCGGGGGCAUCAAAUUCUCACCGCAUAAUAUCAAAAAAAGAUUAUUUCAUAGGAAAUAACAGCUUGGAUUUGUCAUUGUUUCGAAUUUUUUUCUUUUUUUAAAAUCAUACAGGAAAUGACCACUGUCAUUUAAAGUUCUGUUUGAGUCAUACGUUCACUUUAAAUGAUGACUUUCAAACAGGAUUUUAAAGCAGCUUCUUCAACAUAAGUCCAAUGUCAUUUCUUGAUAGUCACUAACACAACUCUACAACCAGUUUUGUGUAAAACUAACAUGUCCCAACAUUUAGGUCAGGAUGCCAGCUCCCUCCAAACCCCACUUUUUGCUGGAGCUUUUCUUUAAAGCAAAUUAAAGCAGGAAAAAUCCAAACGUGAUUCAUCAAAUAAAGACUGCUAUUGUUGGAUCAUCAAUUUGAAUGUAGCCUAAAUAAGCUCAAUAAGAACAUAAACUUAGCCACUUCUGGCUUCUGUGAAUAAGGGACUUUUAAUUUGUUUAGCUUUAUAGACUGAUAGCCUUUUAACAAGAUGUGAAAAAAAGAAAAAAAAAAAAUUGUGAUAGAGUUUCAUAUAUCUUUUAUUUUUUAUUCAGUCAUGCUAUGAGUUUGUCCCUGUUUUAAGAGGCAUUGCAGUUCAAAUAGUAGGACAACACUGGAAUACCACCCUAUCUCGUAAUCCUCUCACUUGUCUGCAGUAGUUGACAUCAGUGACUAAGGUGGACUCAGAUGCAACAGGAUGUUUCAAUUCCUCAAUACUCUGCAGCAGUAUUUUCAUUUGUUUGCUUUGAUUUUUGUGUAAUUGACCUUUGAUAAGAGCACAUCCCGAGCUGCAAAGCUUGCAUUUACUGCCACCUAGUGAUUAAACAUUACACAUAGCUGCAGCACACGUGUUGUAUUGUAGUUUAUGUUGGCUGUGUUCAGAAAUGCGCCACUAUUAGAAGUAGUGUUGAAACUUAAAAAAGGACAAGACAGGAGAGGAUAAAAGUGUGUUUGCACUUCACUAUGGCCAGUAUUCACUUUUAUUUUGUAGACAAGCACUUUUAUCAAGAACACCUUUGUGGCAUCACUCGUCUCUUGUGUGAACGUACAUAUUUUAUAAUACGGAUUCGAAGCCUCUAUAAGCAAUAACACAAAGUGUUAGAAGCGUAUGAGGCUCCCUUAAAGAACUAUGAUAGAGCAGAUAUUCAUAGAUGAUCAAAAAAUUAGAUAAUCCUUAAUAGUUCUGAUUAAAAACUCAAACCACAGUUAAAACAAAUGUAUUGAACUUUUUAGAAACGGUUGUUAAAUAAAUCUGCAGCACUGAAAAUACAUGUUCUUAGUCCAUUGAAAAGUGCAUCAAGCUUUCCUGUGUGGGUGUUUUGGUUUUCAGAGUCACAGUAAUGGAUGCAUGCCAACAGCUUUACAGAUACAUACACUGUACUUUGCAAGGAUGAAAGUCUGAAGAUAUCAAUGAAUAAAAAGAUCUGUGUUAAUAAGUCUGUUCCUUUUUGACAAUAAAUAAGUGAUUAUUAAA